UAUGUGUGGAUUUGUUAGUAAGCGAGGGUCCUGUUUGAGCAAGUGAAUGCGAAGGUUUUGGCAUGUUUAUACAUCAGGCCCCUGUGGAACUCAAGGCCUCUGUGAGGAUGCUGGGAGAAGACAGGUUUUUUUGUUCUGCUGUUUGAAUGAUGACGGAGGAACUUGUGUAAUUGUUGGGUUAGCCGUUUUUGUCCUCUUCUGUGCACACGGGGUAAGUAAGGCACCAGUGAGAACUCAACGGCCACAACCGCCAGCCUUUUGGAUUCAUUCAAACUUUCUCACUGAAACCAGCAGCUGCUUUUGGACGCAGGGAAAACAGUGAUGCUGUCCGAGGCACUUGAUUUUCACUGAAGGGGAUUUUUGGCAGUGUUUUGGGUUGGGAUUGAAUCCCCUUGCAAGGAUUUUUGGAUGUAAUUAGUUCGUUUGCCACUGACUGUGACUGCUACUAUCGUCGUUGUAGUUUAGGUGAUGUCUGUAUGCAUGGCAAAGAGACCCGGUUAUCCCGUGGGUUGAAGAAUCAUGGGUAACCUCAUUAGCAGACCUAGCUGUUUAGGACAAAAGUCUAAACAAGUUAAGUCAGAUGAGAACGUCCUGAAAGAGUGCUACCAGCAACACAAGGAAUGGACAAUCCCGGAGCCUUCUCGAGAAGAGACCAAAAAAGAGGACGAGGUUAUCCGGCAAACUCCCACACCGGACAAACAGAGGAGUUCCCCUGCCCCGACCGUCACCACUACCAGCACUCUGGACAAUGCCUGGAGAAGCACUCCGUCUCCUGUUAAGACUCCACACAAUGGGUCUUUGCCAAGAAAGUCAAGUAUUCCGGAGUACAGAAGAUCCCCCCUGAGCCAGUAUGGAUCUGUGGACAGGAGAGCCAGCCUGCAGAGAAGGGAUUCUGGGAGUCCCUGGUCCUGGAAGCCUCUGAACACUCGAGAGGUUACAGAGGUGACAGAGGUGACGGAGACUAUUGUGACAGAGAUUGUGGAGGUCACAGAGUAUCCUCCUGCUGGGAAAGGAGGUGAUCCUAUUGUCACCAGAACUGUUAGAGUGCUCACCGGAGCAGCUGAGGAACUUGCAGAGCUGCAGAGUGAUGGCCAGUCAAGUUCAGACCAGGAAUCAAGUCUAGAUCUAUGGAAGGAUGGAAGAAGCGCUUUGGCUUUGAAAGAUUCAUUCAAGGAUCCGAAGGCAUUCCAGGAAAAUCUGGAAACGCUGAUGACUUGGGUCUGUGAGAUCGAGGAGCUGACAGCCAAUCAAAAACCACCAUCUUCAGAGUUCAAGGUGGUGAAAGCACAGCUACAAGAGCAGAAGCUUUUACAGCGUCUGCUUGAGGACAGGAGAGCCAGUAUGGAGAGGAUGAUACAGGAGGGUCCACAACUGGCAGAAGAGCUUCAGGGAAAUGACAGUGAAAAGACCAAAGUGCAGCUCGCACAGCUUAAACUCAAGUGGCAGUCUCUGCUUCAGGGUGCCACCAGCAGACACAGGAUUCUGGAGGUUAUUCUGCCAAUGGCUCAGCUAUUCCAGGAGAGGACAGACCGACUUCAGCAAUGGCUCAUAUCUGUGGAUCAGGAUUUAGCUGAGCUCCGUUCUGCAGAGAGAGCCAUGCUUCAUCUGCAAGAGGCCACUGGACAAGCCAAGGCAGUCAUGGAAGAAAUAAAAGCAAAGAGUGCUGACCUGGGCAAACUCCAACAGUGUGCUCACGACCUUAUGGAAAAGAUUUCAGAGGAGGAAACCCAACUGGUGCAGGAGCGGGUGGACAGUCUGCGUAUCCGCUACUCUGUGAUGAGUCUGGGCAGUGCUGAUGUCCUGCAGAGGUUAGAGCAGGCUCUAGAGGCGUCCAGUCGAUGCACCUCCAGUCAGGAAGACCUGCAUCUGUGGCUGGGGCGUAUCGAGAGAGAGCUGCUGGUUCCUGCGGCCCAGAGUCAGACAGGGGACGCAGUAUUGUGUUCCUCUGAGAGGCAAAAGUUGGACCAGGCUGUUGAGAAAGAGUUGGCCUGGUUUAAAGAAACCUCACUGGCACUGGAAGAGCUCAGGACCAUUAAUCUUCACCCAGACGUCAUUGUAUCCCAGCUCAAUAAGCAGAAAAAUCUUGCUGUGGAGAUUUUGCAGCACAAGUUCAACAUCGAGAAAAUGGCCAAGAUCUUGGAACUCCUGCAGACGUACACCGAGGAUGAGGAGACAUUGAGACUCCAGUCUUCGCUGGACACUUUACAGGAGCAGUGUCAGGUCACUACUGCCACCAAUGCCCACGUGGUCCUUCAGCUGGAGCAUGCUCAGUCCCUCCUGUCUCAGUUCUCCGAGGGCUACGCUGAGGUGUUACCAUGGUUACAGGAAACUAAAGCCCUUGUUGGUCAGUUUACUCUGAAUACCAUCAGCUAUGAGGCCUUUCGAGAACAACAGGACCUUUUACAGGGCGCCAGGGAGUCCAUAGCAGAGCAUAAGCCUCUGAUAGCCCGGCUGAUCAUGCUGGCGCAGCGUUUAUCAGACCUAAAUGCGGUUCAGGGACAGGAGUUCUGCCUGAAAGCCCGAGACACUGAAGAGCAGCACCUGGCCAUCAGAGAGCGGGUUCGAGAAGCAGCUGCAGUGCUGGAGGAGUCUCUACCGCGCUACACACAGCUGAAUGAGAGAAUGACUGUGAUUGGUGAAAGACUGGAGCGUCUGUGCAGCCACCUGCAGGCCUCGUCUGCGCUUCAAGGCCUCACGCCACGCAUUCAGGAGCAGCUGCAGGACAACAAACACACACUGACAGAGCUCUCCAAACUGGAUCUGGACCUCAGCAGUGCACAAACACAGGCUCAGGAGCUCCUGUCCAGUGCAGGGGCUGUCGGGGGCACUUCCAUAGGCACAGCUAUUCAGGAGCGAGUCUGCUGUUUGACAAGCCGCUGGGAGGAGGCUCAAAAACAGACUCGGGAGAGGGAGAAGUGGUUGCUCAACCUGCUGGAUCUGGCAGUAAGAUUCUGGAACGACGUGAGCGACGUCACGGCUGGUCUGAAUGAUGCUCAACAAGCCGUUCUGGACCUCAACUCCAAUCGAUCAGAUUCAGAAACCAUUCGGCAGAGCUUGGAGACCAUGCAGACACUCAGGGAGGACAUUGAUGCUCUGCAAGGUGACCUGGAAACACUGGGAAUUCUGGGAAUGGAACUUAUGUCAGCUUGUGGUGACACUGACAAACCGGAGGUCACCAAGUGUUUGGAUGAGCUUUAUGGCACAUGGAACAAUCUCAGUAAAAUCUGGACAGAGUGCAACAGUAAACUAGAAGAAUGUUUGCGAAUGGCACUCCAUUACCAGGACAGCAUGCAGGGACUCUUCCAGUGGCUAAAGUCUGCUGAGUUGAAAUCCACCGAGGAGUUCUCAGUGGGAUCUGACCUGGGAUCAGUUAAAGAGCAGCUGUGUGACCUGAAGAAAUUUAAGCGAGAGCUCUAUCAGAAGAAGAUCGAGAUCGAAAGUUUAAACCAUCGCUUCGUGUGUCGCCUUCCUCCGGGCACUGAGCGGCCGGGGUCUGUUUCUCCACUGUGUGACUUCAGGCAGAGAUGGGACAGCCUGGAGUCAGAGACUGUCAGUAGACAGCACCAGCUGGAGUGUGCGCUGCUGGGUUUGGGUCAGUUCCAGAACACCCUCGAUGAGCUGCACGCCUGGCUCUCACACACAGCUGACCUACUGCAGGCCUCUCAGCCAAUCAGCAUCGACCUGCAGACCUGUGAAAUAGAGCUAGCCAAACACAAGGUUCUGAGGAAUGACGUGAUGUCCCAUGUGCACACGGUGGACUCUCUGAACCGGGCCGGCAGGAGUCUGAUGGAGUCUGGAGCGGGAGACAUGUCACAUGUCCUGCAGACUCGUCUGGAGCAACUGAAUGAACGCUGGGAAUUUGUGCGCUGUGAAACCGAGCGCAGGCAGCUCGAGCUGGAAAACAACCUCAGUCAGGUUCAGGAUGUCAGCAUGGAGAUCCAGGAUCUUCUGCAGUGGCUGGAGCACACAGACCUUAGGCUGUCCUCUAGUAAGGCGGUGUGGGGGAUGCCGGACUCAUCUAGCGAGAGACUAAACGCUCACCUGGAGCUGUGCAAUGAGAUGGACUCGAAAAUGCACGCCUACACAAACGUUCGCUCCGCCAUCCACAGGAUGCUGGAGGCCAGUGAAGUGGCCCGCGGCUCCAGCACCGAACACAGCUUAUGCAUACUGGAGCAGAAGUGGAGCGCCGUCUACGCUAAAAUGCAGGAGCGAAAGGCAAAGUUAACUGAGGGUCUUGGUCUUGCGAAGGAGUUCAACAGUAACGUCCAGGACCUGCUGACUAAAAUGGGCAAGUGUGAGGAGACCAUAAACACACUGAGCGCUCCCAGCUUCAUCCUGGACACCAUCUGUUCACAGCUGCAGGAGCACAGGGUGCUUGUGGGUGAGGUUCAGUCUUACGGAGACAGGAAGUCGAGUGUGGAAACUGCAGCCACUCGUCUGUCAGAGCUCAGCAGGAAAGAGGAUUGUGAUGUCAUACAGAACCUGAUCAUGACCAUUCAGGACCGAUUCAAGAAACUCCUGCAGCACACCACAGAGAGAGGCAAAACACUGGAGGAGGCAAAGAGACUCGCUAAACAGUUCAGUGAAUCGUGGCACUUACUGGUGGACUGGAUGACGGAGGUGGAACAGACACUGGACACACAUAAAGAGAUCGCUGUUUCACAGGAGGAGAUCAAACAGCAGCUGACUGAACAGAAGGAGUUCCAGAAACUCCUGCGCUCGAAGCGGCCCAUGUAUGAAGCGUGUCUGAAGAGUGGCCGCUCGCUCCAUGAGAAAGCCCAGAGUCCUGCAGACACGCAGCAGCUGGAGAACAUGGUGUCGGAGCUCAGGGACUCAUGGGACACCAUCAGCGGAAAAUCCAGCGAGAGACAACACAAGCUGGAGGAGGCGCUGCUGUUUUCAGGCAGAUUCACUGACGCUCUGCAGGCUCUCAGUGAUUGGCUGUUCAGAGCGGAGCCACAGCUGGCUGAAGACGUGCCUGUCUGCGGAGAGAAAGACCUGGUCAACAACCUCAUCGACAAACACAAGGUGUUCCAGCGGGAGCUCGGGAAGCGGGCCAGUUGUAUCCGCACACUGAAGCGCUCUGUGCGGGAUCUGACGCGCAGCAGCACUGCCGAUGCUCACUGGCUGCAGGAGCAGAUGGAGGAGCUGGAGAGCCGCUGGGAGGCCGUGUGUAAACUCUCUGUGUCCAGACAGGCCCGACUCGAAGCCGCACUGCAACAGGCGGAGGAGUUUGAUAGUGUGGUCCACUCCUUUCUGGAUCAGCUGUCGGAAGUGGAGCGGGUGCUGAAGUACGGAGUGCUGCCGGAGGAAGAAGAGGCUCUUCUGGCGUUUCGCACAUGUCAUCAGGAGUCGUUGAGUUCACUGAACGCCCAGCAGGAGGAGCUGGAGAACAUCCGCAGUCUUGGUGAGGAGAUCCUGCGCUGCUGCCACCCGGAUUCCAUCAUCACCAUCAAAUCAUGGAUUAGCAUCACCAACACUCGCUAUGAGGAGGUGCAGACAUGGGCAAGGCAGCAGGCCGAGAGGAUCCAGAUCUCACUGACAGCUCUACAGGGCGAGAGGGAGCAGAUUCAGAGGAUUCUGGACUGGAUCUGCACCGCUGAAGACUCUCUCAGUCUGAAAGAGCAGGAGCCGCUGCCUGAAGAUCUGGAGCUCACAGCAGAGCUCAUCAUGCAACACACGGAUUUUAUGGAUGAGAUGAAAGCCAAGCUACCAGAGGUUGAGAAUGCCACAAAAUCCUGUAAACACAAGCUGGUCCCCAAACAGCAGGUUUCGCCCAGCCGCAGACCAGCAACGAAGAGAAGAGGAGCAGCGAAGCCUCCACCAUCUGUCCCCGUUCCUCUGGAGAAACUGGACCCUCAGACCCCCAUCAUGUGUCGCCUGGUGAAAGACUGGAGGAAACUCUGGCUUCAAGCUCACGGCAGACAAAGCAGGCUGGAGGAGCAUCUGCAGCGGCUCAGAGAAAUGGAGGAGUUUGCUAAUUUCGACUUCAACAUCUGGAGGAAAAGAUACAUGCAGUGGAUCAGUCACCUUAAAUCCCGAAUUCUGGAUGUUUUCCGGAGCAUCGACCGAGAUCAGGAUGGCAGGAUCACUCAUAAGGAGUUCAUCGACAGUGUUCUGGCCUCCAAAUUUCCUACUAAUGCGCUGGAAAUGGCUGCGGUUGCCAACAUAUUUGAUGGUAACGGAGACGGAUUCAUUGACUAUUAUGAGUUUGUGAGUGCGCUUCACCCCAGCAGAGACCCUUACAGGAGGACAGUAGAUAUAGACCAGAUCAACGAGGAGGUGAGUCGUCAGGUCUCUCAAUGCAACUGUCCAAAGAGAUUUCAAGUUGAGCAAAUAAGUGCAAACCGCUACAGGUUUGGAGACUCUCAGCAGCUGCGGAUGGUCCGGAUUCUCAGAAGCACUCUGAUGGUUCGGGUCGGUGGAGGAUGGACGGCAUUAGAUGAGUUUCUGGUGAAGAACGACCCCUGUAGAGUAAAGGGGCGCACAAACCUGAAGAUCAAGGAGAAGUAUCUGUCUCGAGACGCCUUCGAGACGUCGGGUCGCAGAGGCAGCGCUAAAGGACUGACAGUCAGCAGAUCAAACUCCAGCCUGAGUUUAUACAGCAGUGCUUCAGCUCCCAGCAGCCCUCUGACACGCAAGGCGUUGCUGCGCAGGAGUUUCUCUGGCGAGAGGUGUGUUCGGCCCAGGAGCUCCAUUGCUGCUUUAGGAAGUGACCAUUUCUGUGCUGACAUCGACUCGCCUUCACCUACAGAAGAAGCAGAAAGACCACCAACAUGACCACAUCUCAUCCCGAACCAUGAGCUCAAUCAUACAGACAGAUGUUCAUUACUGUACCGACGCACAGGAUGGACCGAAAAAGACCCGCCGCAGGCCUCAGAUCAGUGGCCACACCAGGACGAGUCUGAGUUUACCGUCAUAACGCUCAUUUUCUUACCUCCACAGAUGUUGUUUGUACAGAACCGACUGGAUUUGAGUCCUGCUUUGAGUGUAAAUUUGAGAGCGCUGGAUGUCCUGCAUGGGUUUGAGCCGCACGAUUCCUGUAGAUUACAACAGCAAUAGAUUAUUUAGUGCUUUACUCAAUAUAUAUAUGCAUAUUAUUCGCUGUAGAUGCACACUUUUUUCAAAACACUGCCUUCUUAUGAGUUUCACCCCAGCGGUAGUGAUGCGAGAUACUGUACAAGCCAAAAACAAUGUUGAUUUGUGGUUUAGGCUUUAUGAUAAUUCUGUUUUUAUUGUUCUGCGUAACUGUGGUUAUUAUAUCCUCAGGUUCGAAGUGCUAGAAUACUGUAUAUCAGGGUAUUAAAUGGACGGUUCGCCUAAAUGAAAGUUCACUCAUUUUAUAGUUUCUUUGUCAUUGACUUUCAUAGUAUUUGUUUUUAUUAGGCUGUAAAAUAUAUCACAAAUAGUUCACAAAAUGUGUAUUUUGUCAUUCAUUUAUGAAUGCUUUUGAAUUGCAUUAUGGGACGUUGAUUUUCCCUCUAAUAACCUUUGAUGUUCAAAGUUAGAAAAACAGAUUUUUAUUAACAUUUUUAAUAGUUUGAUGUGAUGUAUCGUCUUCACGGUUCAAAAACCUGGAAAUAAACUGUUAAUACAAUUAUUUCUUAUGCAAUAUAUUGUUUCAAACUACUUAAAUGUUAAUUCAAGAGUUCACACUUAGCUCACGAUUUAUACAUAGCUUGUUUGGCGUGCUGUCCCGGGAGAGAGCCCAGGGCUCCCUCCUUUCACAGGGCGAGGGGAGACUGAGCUCAGGUCGAUCUGAAACUCCCCCGCUGCUGAGGCCAAGGUAAACUUCCUGAGAGUAAGACAUUAGAAAAAGAUUUAGGCUUAUUUUAUCAAUAAUAUAGAGCACAUUUGCAUGGUGGGAGGAAACCAGGGAACCCGGGGGAAACCCACAUGGAGAACAUGCAAACUCCGCACAGAAACACCAGAUUUCCUAGUGAAGACCCAACGCCAUUGGUAUUCUUGCUGUGAGGCAAACGUGCUAGUCAUUAGGCCACCGUGCCGCCCAUUCUUGAUAAAGGUGGAAGAAGGGGAGGAGGGGGGUUUCUUCCAGACGAAGAUAGUUGUAGAGAGGAAAUGAGGAUAUAUAUAGUGACUUGGGAUCCUUUGAUUGGAGGAUCAUGAUUAGCUAAUGUGGACCAGCUGGGUCAAUCAUGAGCACAUGCUCCUCUCGAAAUUAGUUUAACAUUUAAACUUCACUAAGAAGUCACUUUGUUUACCUGCAGAGUGGAUUUUUCAACAUCUAAAGUCGACAGAGCAGAGAUCAACAUCCCAUAAUGCAAUUUAUAACUGUAAAUAACCUGAAAAGAUAAACAUGGAACCUGUUCAUUUAAGGGAUAUUUUUACAGUGGACUAUGGAAGUCAAUGGUUGCAGGUCCAACAUUCUUCAAAAUAUCUUCUUUUUUGUGUUCAACAGAAAAAAAGAAAUUCAUACAAAGGAAGCACUAAGAGUAAAUGUUCAUAUUUAAGUGAACUACCCUUUUAAGUCUGAAUUUAAAGACCACAUGAAAAUAUUACGUGUUGAUUAAAGAUGAUGAAUGAAGUUAUUUCAUUGUUUUUAGUCCUGGAGGGCAAAACAUCCACAGAGCUGUCACUAUAUCAUCUAGCCUUACAGUAUAUACACUAAUUUAAACACUCAUUUUACUUAUUUAUAAUGAGCUGAAACUACGCAUUUCUUGAGUUUUUUGGGGGACAAAUUAUUUUAUGUUCAAUCCACUUAAAUUUGUAAAAACUAGUAAGUUAACUUAUUUCCUUCAUGUUGUCCCAACACAGAUCGCUUGUGUGGAACCCAGCAUUUUUUACAGAUUAUUUAGAUCAUCUCUUAGAAAAAGAAAUACAAGAAUAGCAACUGAUUAUUCCAAAACAAUGUGAAAAAAUGAGUGUGGCCAAACAAAAAAAAAAAAGAUUAAGGAUCACAAUUAAAAUGCAACACUUUAAAGGGGACCUAUUAUGCAAAAAUCACUCUUUUAAGGGGUUUAAACACAGUUGUGUGGCUGCAGUGUGUGAAAAUAACUAGCCUCGAAUGGUAAAAAUUAAUUAAUUCUAUUUUUUAUAAUCACACUUGAUAAAAACAGUCUGCAGAAACACGUUGUAAUUCUCCCGCUAUACGUGUCAUCGG